CGUCCCGUUGAGAGCCAUGCAUCAAUUGCACCGUCUUCGCCUGUGUUCCGCGACCGAGCGUGACGGAGGUACUGGGAGCUGCCCGCCGCGCGAUCUUCACCUGCUCUGUGCAUGCUCGACGGCUCCUGCGCAGCUUCGAUCCCCAUGAGCACCUUCUAUCCGCCCCUCCGUACAGCCCUCUUCAUCCCCAUGUUCGCCAAUCGCCCCGGCUCGCUCUCGAAGAGACCGACACUCCGGCCCUCACCGCUCACGCGCUUCAGCACGAGCGUCGUAAGUCUACUCAAAGCUCAACCUGCGGAAGCAUCCGCGAGUGUCACAUCCGCAACAACGACGCCGACGUUGCCUGUGACAAGUCUUACGAGCAGUCCAACGAGCUCUGUGCUUUCACUUCCGCUCAGCUCGGACCCAGAGGAUGAUGCUGCGAGCAAAAUCACCGAGGAGUUGAGGAGGAAGUUGGAAGCAUCAGAGGCUGCGCUCGCCGCAAAGUCGCGGACGGUGGCUGGACUGGAGGAGAGAGUGAAAUCACUGGUGACUGAGAGCGCCGAGGGAGAGAAAAGCAGGGCCCUACAAGAGGAGGUUCAGAGGGGCACUGAAGAGCGACUGGCAGAUGUCGAACAGCGCCUGACCGAAGCAAUAGCAGAGACGACGAGGAAAGACCUGGAGUUGGAGACGGCGCGCAGCGAGAUUGACGAAACCAGGGCAGGCCUCCAAGAGACGCGAAGCGAGUUGGAGAGCAUGAAAACGGUGUUACAAAGGAAGGAUGAGGAGCAUAGAGCGAUGCUGGAAGAGUCUGACACGACAAAAUCAGCAUUAGCUGGUGUCGAAGCUACUCUAGUGGAGGAGCGUGACAACCGCUCCGCCCUACAGAGUGAGUUGCAAGCUUCAAUACGCCAGCUUGAGGAAACCGCGGAAGCCAGGGCCCGUGUCGAGAGGGACAACGCAGAAUUGAACACGCAAGUUGCUGAGCUACAGACGAAUGCAGCAAAUCAGAUGAAGGAGCUAAAGGCCAUUGGAUCGAAGCUCGAUGACGCUGAGAGAGCACUUCGAAGUAACUCGGAUGAAGUGAAGAUGGAGCGCGAGAACCGGCAGGCUAUCGAGUCAGAAUUGCAACACUACAAGGAAGAUAACACACGCUUCGAUGCAGCCAACGCAAAGUUGUCCUCUGAGCUCGAGUCCAGGACGACGGAACUUCGGGGACAGAGUCGGUGUCUCGCUGAACAAAACCAGGAGCUUGAAUCCUUGCGCUGUCAGGCUGACGCGCACACGGCAAAUGCAGAGACUCUGGCACGACUGCUAGCUGAAGCAGCCCGCGCACGCGAUGACGCUCUCUCCGAACUCAGCGCCCUGAAGUUCCAAUUAUCGGACCUCCAGAUGGCCACCCAUCGAGCGGCAGACACCGCGAUGCACGAGGUGACAGAGGUACGGUGGCAGGCAAUGAAGACCGAGAGCGCCCUCUCCCAGCGGGUGCGAGACCUGGAGGAAGCUUUGCGGUCAGCGCAAGACGAUGCCGCUCAGGAGAUCAAGAAGGUGAGGGGUGAGAAGAGGAGGCUGCGAGAGGAGUUGAGGAACACAGACGUGAACGCCGGUGGCAGCUGUACCAUCCAGUGAAUCUGUCGACAUCGUUCUGCAGGCCAGAACGUCCAAUGUGACUACGUUAUCGUAAUCCGUGUCUUCACUGCGACUGGCAUGAGCCAACUGAAGUCAUGCGUACGUAGCAUGCAUCAAAGUACAUAGUGUUGUUCAACAAUGCGCUUGACUAGACUCCCGAGACUCUCGAGCACUAUUCACAACGCCUGGCCCUAGAGGGAAAAGUCACGGUCCCAAGUAGAUGGUAGGCGGACGUAACCGUGACAGUCGGGUUGCAGUCGGGAGUAGAG